ACAAGAACAUGGAUUUCCAUUAUUACACUCACUUAGUCACUUCUCAUGAUUUCAGAUUCAGAUUCAGAUUCGUCAAUUUUCUCCCAUUUGAUUUGAUUUAAAUAUGGUCUCAUUCUUGUCAGGAGAAAGCUGAGGAACUCUAAUGUAGCAGAGCUUCAAUGGCAAAAAAGUAGAACAGCUUUGAAUUCGUAGUCUUUUAGUAUUGAAGAGCUUGAUUUCCCUUAUACGUUUCACGAAAUCGGGAGUUCUAACCAGUUAGGGCUUCAAAAUUUGUCGACAAAAAGUUCUCUAUUUGUUGUUUUGGAAUUAAUUUGGAGAUUUGAGAAGCUCAUUGACGCAUUGGAUGUGUGAAUGCAGUGAACUGCCACUGAUUUGUGCGAGCUUUGGAGUUCUUAUGAACUUGAGAACUCGCGAGCAUGAGUUGGCAAAUUAGCUUUUUAUACUUCACUGUGAAAAUUGCAGAAACUUUUGACAAUAUGAGACUUGAUUCAUGUAUGUUCAGAUCGUGGUAACAGUAGCGGCAUCAUGAUAUCUCAACUGACUAUAGAGAAUGCUAUCAGCAUUCAUUGAAUGAAAUGAAGACCUCACAGGAUUCACAGAGCACACCAGAAGUGCAAUCCUCAACACAAGUAUCACAUGAGUCACCCAAUGAUCAACAGAAUAAUACAACAGCUGAGGCUCCUAGAGCAGACCCAAGCUCAAUAUCCCUUUCUAGCAGUGAUAGCAGGAAGGUUUCACGUCAAGAUAUUGAAUUUGUCCAGAAUUUGAUAGAACGGUGCUUACAAUUGUAUAUGAAUAAAGAUGAGGUGGUUAAAACCCUCUUGCAUCGAGCAAAAAUAGAGCCUGGAUUUACAACUUUGGUAUGGCAGAAAUUGGAAGAAGAAAAUGCAGACUUUUUCAGGGCCUAUUACAUUAGGCUAAAGCUGAAGAAACAGAUAAUCCUGUUCAAUCAUUUACUUGAUCAUCAGUACCACCUGAUGAAGUACCCUGUAGCUCCAGAAGUUCCAUUGGCCCCUAUACAGAAUGGGAUUUAUCCCAGGCCUGUUAACAACUUACCUGUGGGGUACCCAGUUCUACAGCAGCCUACAAUUACAGCAACAGGCCAACCCCAUCUUGAUUCAAUGGGCUGUGGACUAUCCAGCUGCCAUGUAGUAAACGGAGUUCCUGCCCCAGGCAAUCUCCAUCCCAUUCGAAUGAAUUCCGAGAAUGAUACGAUGAUGGAGAACAGUGCAUCUGACGCCACUCCUGUUAUUCCUCCCCAUAGUGCCAUGUCAUCCAUGUCAGAGAUAGUUGUGAGUCCUCCUUCAGGUGUAUCCAGUGGUCAUUUUCCCUUCAUUCCAUCAGAGAUAACAGGAAUGGGUGUGGAGGCAUCAGCAUUGGACACAGCGUUUACAUCUGAUGUCACAAGUUCAGUGGGGUUGCAACUAGGACCAGAUGGUGGAGAUGGAAAUUCUAGGGAUUUUCUUCAAUCAUUGGCUCAGAUCCCUUGGAGUUUCAGCCUUUCAGAUCUUACAGCAGAUUUGUCAAACUUGGGAGAUCUUAGGGACCUGGAUAACUACCCUGGUUCCCCUUUACUGCCAUCAGAUUCAGACAUGUUGCUUGAUUCUCCACAGCAAGACAAUAUAGUUGAGGAGUUCUUUGUUGAUUCUGCUCCUGGGCCAUGCUCUCAAUCAGAUGGAGAGAAAUCUUAGAGGCUGCUUAUAAGUGAAGUACAGGUCAUCUAAUCCACUUCGCUGCUCCUCUUUUUCCUUUUCUGUGAAUACUCUAUGUAGUAAGUCAACCCCCCCCCCCUUUAGUAGGUUGUCAUUUUGGUUCGUGGUUCGAUGACCCUACACAUUCAAUCUAUGGCACUGGACUGGUUUGGCUGGGCUUUCUCCGGUGUCCCUUCGCUGCGAGUGCUAGCUACUGAUUGGUACCCACCACAAAAUUCCCUAAUGCUGGAGAAAGAAAGGGGGCUGAAUUGGUGUAGGGUUUCUUUUCUGCCAACUGGUGGAGUCCGCGAUGUACUUCGUGUAGCCUUGAGAAGUCGUCUUUUUGGGUAGGCAAAUGAUUAUGCAGUCUUAAAAUAUUAAUCAAAUUUUUUUUUUUUUGGAAAUAAAUAUUAAUCAAAUUAGCCGUGUGAUUAUUUGAAUUUGGUUUAUCAGCUUGCCAAUAGGUAUCUGAUCAUUCUUACAA